AUGAGCCAUCUUCGAGACACUGCACUUCUGGCAGAGUUAUCAAAGGACUCCACCAGCCCUACCAGCCUCCAAGAGCCCUUCCUCAUAGAAGAGCUGCCCCAAGAGAUGCAGUGCCAAUUCAUCCUGAAGCCCAGCCACCUGGCUGAGACCCAGCAACUGAGUGGUGAGUUGCUUCUCCUCCUUCAUAGAGCCCUUACUUUAGCAAAAGUUUCCAUUCCUGAAAAUAGAGUUAGUCCAAAGGCAAAGAGCCAGACUUGCAUUCAGAGAUAUAUGUUUUCAUUUGAAUUUGCUAAGUGUUUUGAAAGGAAAGAUGGAGUUUUAGAAGAAAGUUUCAUAAACCAGCAGCAGGCAGUCCUCACUUUGCAUGGUGCCAUGUUAACUGAAACUCUUGCAUAUCUGGACUGUGUUCCUGCUUUGCAAGUGGAACCGAAAUAUCCCCUGCAUCCAAAUGAUGACUCCUCCUUUGGCAGCUUAGACAAUGAACUGAAUGAGGAUGUCGAUGCUCCACGUAAUGAAGUGCUUAAGAAAAUUGGUCAGGGAAGCACUGAUAUCCAAAAAAUUGCCACUAAUAAACAAGUUAAGAAGGAAAGCUCAUCUGAUAAUGAAGGAAAUCAUGUGAAACUUUUUUCUAAAUCCAAGCCAGUGGCCAUUUCUGAGGCAUCUUACAGUCACGUGUCCUCACAUGAUCAUUCACAAAACGUGCCCUUUGAUUCGAGUACAUCUAAAUACUUCCCGGAACACACAACAGGUGCCCACAAGAGUUCAAGGAGGCACCAGCGCUGCUCAGAGCCCAGCAGUCACGACCAGCACUGCAAACUGAGCCAUCUCGUGGGUAUUUAUUCAAAGAAACAACAGACAACCAGCUAUGAAGCUGAUCACUUAGACGGAGAAGAUGAUUAUCUCAAGCCGCAGAAGACUUUGCAAAUGGAGGGGCAAAAGCUCAUUAAUCAGAGUUUAGUCAUGGGCAUCAAGGUGGGCAAGAGUAGUGCCAUAAACCAAAAUGCCGAGAAGUUUUCACCCUCAAACUUAAACACUUGCCCAAGCACUAGCUCUACCAGUUUGUCCUCCCCAGGCACUUCCCCAUCUGGCUCAUCAGUGAGCUCCCAAGACAGUGAUUUACUGCAGAUGUCUGAACACUUCGUGUUGACACCCGCUGAUACUUCCUCACCAGUCGAUUGUGCUUUUCAGGAAGACCCUUCUUCUGACCUUUGCAGUUCCGGCCUCAUUUCUGGAAUGCCUGCUCCCGCAUCUGGGCAGACCAGCAGUCAACUGGCUUAUUCAAGUAAGGAUAGUGUAAAGUGUCCCUCACACUCUGUAACUCUUCACCCCAUGAAAUGGUUGAGAAAUGGCAUGGCCGCUCUGAAAAACUGGUCCCUCAGAAAAAAACCAAAGGCAUAUGGACCAGAGGAAGAGAAAAGAGGUUCUCUCAAAAGAUGCACGGAGCCACCUGCACAUGCUUCUGGUGUUUCAGAAGCCAGGUCACUGCAUGAGAAACAGGAAGAUGUGCCCCUGAGGGCAGCUGAAGAACUUGAAUCUGUGCAAGCAGCUGAGUGCUGUAGCUCUUAUCCCAGCCAGGACUCAGAGAUACACUUUUGCUCUGCACUCAACCUAGUGGAAGACAGCCUCAAGCUUUGUAUGCAGUCAAACGAAGGAGAGAGUAGUGAGUACUACUCUUUUACACUCUGCCUUGCGCAAAAUCCUCAGCCUGCCCUUCAUCUGAAUAAUGUAUCCAGCUCGGACUCAGGGCCUACGGUCAUUUGUGAUGUUGGGAAAAAACAUUCAACCAAAGACAUUUAACCACAAUAAGAAUCUGACGUCUAUAAGAACAGAAACUGAGCUAAUCAUGGACAUAAAUACUGGAAUUAUUAUGACCCCAUUGUAUAAAAUACCUGAGAUGGGUAGCAUAAAGAUAAUCAUUGCUAAUACUUAGGACUACAAAAGAAUUCUCUUUAAGGAGACCAUCUGGCAAAAAGUUUAGACUAAAACUGGCUCUUUUCAUCUGGGAUGGGCUUUUUCAAAGCUGCUUUUUGCUUUUAGAAUUAGGUUUAUAUAAUUCUCUAUAAAAGCAAUAAAGGGAGUUAGGUGUUUACUCACAUGUUUACUUUUAGUCAUUGGAAACAAUGACUAAAGAGUUUUUCUCUUUUUACUGUUAUAGUGAAUCAUAAAAACCUAAUUCUGAAAGAAGAAAAAGCAGAUUUAGAAAAGCCCAUUCCA